AUGGAGCCUUCGCACAAAGACGCCGAGACGGCGGCAGCGGCGGCGGCGGUGGCUGCGGUGGCGGCGGCGGACCGGGGGACGUCCUCGUCCAGCGGGGUGGUGGUGCAGGUCCGCGAGAAGAAGGGCCCCCUGCGCGCCGCCAUCCCCUACAUGCCCUUCCCCGUGGCCGUCAUCUGUCUCUUCCUCAACACUUUCGUGCCUGGACUGGGGACGUUCGUCUCGGCCUUCACCGUGCUGUGUGGUGCCCGCACUGACCUCCCGGACAGGCACGUGUGCUGCGUCUUCUGGCUGAACAUCGCCGCGGCCCUCAUCCAGAUGCUCACGGCCAUCGUCAUGGUGGGCUGGAUCAUGAGCAUCUUCUGGGGCAUGGACAUGGUCAUCCUCGCCAUUUCCCAAGGCUACAAGGAGCAGGGCAUCCCACAGCAGCUGUGA